AUGCAAAAAGUCGUCCCCACCUACGUGACACAACUUGUUGACGGUUAUAUUCAGCGGAUAAAGGAGGGCAUGAAAAUCCGCGCCUCGGUGAGUCUAAUCUUCGACAGCGGGUAUUACAUCCUAUUUGAUUCCCCUUCGGCAACAGAUGUCGAUUCCAAAAGUCAAAUGUUGAGAGGGUUAACCUCGCGAAACCUUGCGCCAGGCCAUAUUCAAAUGAUCGUCACUUCCCAUGGGCAUCCUGAUCAUUUUGGCCAGGGCAAUUUCUUCCCCAAUGCUCGACACUUUUUCGGGAGCUAUGAAUAUUCGGAUGAUACGUAUAUUCAAACGGAGCUCGCACAUAAUGAGACCAUGCGAAUCACGCCAAACGUCGAGAUCUGGAACACCCCCGGCCACACAAAUCAGGACAUUUCGGUGAUCGUCCGAAAUGUGCCGUGCUGCGGGACGGUGGCUGUUGUAGGAGACCUCUUCUACACUGAACAAGAUGCGACCAAUGGCACUGACUGGUAUGCUGAUGCCUGGAAUCCGUUAAUAGGUAAGAUCAACCGCAACAAAGUGCUGUGCGCAUCAAACUAUAUUAUUCCUGGUCAUGGGCCUCUUUUUAAAAUUUCGGAAGAAAUGCGGAAAAACGCCGAUUGUCCCUCGAAUGGAACACUGAAUAAUUCGGAAAAUCCGUAUGUGGAUAUUACGCAGAUUGGCGGUGGCAAUAAGGUAGAACCGGCCACGAAAUAUUUGGCGCAAAUUGCGGACGCGUCGAAGAAUGCGCUAAAUUUGGUCAUGAAAGAGACGGAGAAACAAAAAGAACAAACCCGGGGCUCGGUGGUGAGUACGGUAGCCUCAGAAAACCCGCAACACCACCCGAAAUCGGUUUUGGAAGCAUCUGGAGGAUCGUAUUUACUACCACAUGGAGCCAUGCCUGUCGAAUCUGCAAUCACCUUGGCCACAGCUACCGUAUCCCCCGUCGAACGGAUGCACGCGUACUUACAGUCCGAAGCUGAACACAACGACCCCAGCCUGAUUAUGCCGGUCGUCGAAACGGCCGCCGUCCAAUUAGCGCGAGCGCUAAACGUGAAAGUCGUCAACAAGGACACCUCGUACCCAUACAGUGAUUUUUGGAAGAAGGCCUUCAGUAAACUGGCUCACGACCCGGCCUUCCAAACGUACUUUCAAAAUCCGACAAACCCUAGCGCCAGACGGGCGGCCCGCCAAUCGAUCAUUGGAUUUUUAAACACGGGCCGAGGGUUCAGACAAGGA